GCGAAGAGCAUCAACACAAACAUGUCCGCCACGGCUCAGAACGCUAGCCGCAAGAGGAAGAUGAAGGAAGUUGCUGAACACCCGCCACUCCCGCCGCUCCCGCCGCCGCGCUUCACCUAUUCGCCGGCGACACAGCUGCAGCUGUUCCCCCCUCAUCAAGCGGAGGCGACUUCGUCUGCCAACCCGCUGCCUUCGCAUUUCGACACCGCUCUUCGCUUGAGCAGCAGCAUCCCCGCCCGUCAACAAGGCGGGGAUGAAGAUUUGCAGUGGCUGUAUAAGCCUGUGCAGUCGUGCACUACAUUGUUGCUCACUGGAGACGGCAACAAGGAGAUGGAUGGUCUUCAUUAUAAUCCAUUGUUUCUCCCCGGAGGAGACGGGAAGAAGGUGGAGGAGUUUCAUCAUAAUCUCCAGAAACAUUACCCUAUGAUCCAAAAUGCUGUCAAAAGCUAUAGGGAUCAGGUGAUGGAGAUAAUGCAAGAGAUGUCAAUGCGGCAAAUAGAGGUCAUGACUAUAGCUAAAGAGAGAGUGAUGAAGGACAUGAAAGAAUCUCAUGAAAGAUUUAUGGCCAGAGAAAUUGAAAAGAACAACCUACUAGAGAAGGUGCUCGCGGGCUACCGAGACCACUUUAUGAAGUUGGGGCAGACUUUAACGUCUAUGGAUCACACCAACGAUUCUCUAAGGGCGACUCUGCAAACCCCUCUCCGCGGCAGAGGGAAUGGCAGGACCCUCACAGCGCCGCACGCGGCAAUGCUAGAGGAGGACACACAGUCGUCAUCUGUUGACGCAGAGGAGUCUGACCCUGCCGUUAUAAUUACUUGUAGGCUUUGCGGCCGGCGGACUGCGACGGUGUUGCUCUGGCCGUGCCGCCAUCUCUGCCUGUGUCAACGUUGCAAGGCUUUGGCCAACCGCUGCCCGAUCUGCCAAACGGUGUUCGAAGUCGACGUCGAGAUUGACUUUUCUGUCUAAGCUAAAUAUAGCCAACAUCUUGGUUAUUUGUAUGGAAUCUUUGUUUUUUACUAUUACAAUGAAAUAAUUAAAUAAAGGAAAAUUCUAUCGUGC